UUCCCAGCGCCCCCUGCGCUCACCGGUGUAUUUGGAUACAAUGUUGUGGGAGAAGCGGCAGCUGACAGUUCCUCGGAGUGAACUCAGCUCGCUGGAUGAAAUGCAUCGCAUUGGCGACCAGGAAAGAAAGGCGUUUUAAAUGGGGAAACGAGAAUAUUCUUGUACAGAGUAAACCUGGGGGAGUGCGAAUUUCCAAGACGGAUUCAACCUGCUUACGAAGCUGAAUGGAUUUCUUGAAGUUAGAUUGCCACAUUUACUGGGGACAUUAUUUUGUAUUAUUUCCAGCAAAUACGAACCCUGCAAGAACAAGGGAAGUAAUUGUGCCUGAAUUAUUAUUACGGUGAAAUGGUGGAUGCGUGAUGUCCCAGCUGGCUUAUCUUGUUAGAGGAUGGAAUAAACACCUUGCGGCGACGGGCAGAUUGUUUGUUUGAAGAAAACGAUGUCUGAAACGUGCUGGCAAUAAAAAAUAAAUAAAUAAAUAAACAAUUCUGAAAGCUGUAAAGGAGAGAACGAGAAACGGGAAACAAGAAGGGGAGCGAAAACGGGAGAUAUUUCCGUGAUCCUAACAUACAGUAAGGGAAUUUUCGAACGGGCAUGAGUGUACCUGGAAGCACCGGGAGAUUUGCCACUGGGGCUUGAAACCUGCUUGUCCUUCCCCAAUUGGAGGGACGCGGGCGAUCUUGUCGGGAUCAUACAAAACAUCUACAAUGUCGACUGGCGGACUUUGCAGUCAAUGUUUUAUAUGAGUGUAUAUUUAGUAAUAUGCAGGUGCAGCGCAGGAUUCAGUGCCGUUUGCGCAUGUCAGGUGCUGUUUAAUAUAAUGUGGACAGAUGACAGCGACCCAGGAAAGCAACCUCUGAGGCGCGUACAUCAAUAAGACACAUUCGUUUAGAUUUCCGGUAAUCGGAACACUGGGAAGAAUUUUACCGGCCUGAGCCCCCAAGAAGGAAGGCCGGAGGACGCGCUUCCCGACAAAAGCGAAGAUGCUCGAGUGUGCCGCCGCGGCACCGCGUCGCCCUCUCGGGGAGGAUGAACCAUCGAGGCUCAUCUUCUGUAUCUGCCGUCGCUGAUUUAUUUGGGGGGCCGCACGCUUCUCAGCAUCCUAUCAUUUACAUAUGAAUAAUAAUAAUAAUAUUAAGAAGAAUCAAAACCUCAAUCCUGGCAGUAGAUGUCAAACGUCCGGAGCCCCGUCGCUGCUCCUCUGAACGUGAAUCUCCAGGCCAUUAUGCUUUUGUCUUCGGCCUCGUUUCACAGACAGCUGCUUGAAGAUUGGCCAGUUUAGAAAUUAAAGACGAGAGGAAUUCGCUGCCCUUAAGUGCUCACAUCAGGCACCCGAGAAAGCUUGGCUGGUUAGCUGGGACCACCGGCAUCAGUUAAGGCUUAAUUGCAUCUCACCUUCGGCCCCCAUAAGGUCUUAAAGGGAUCCGCACACCCCUCUUCCCUUUUGUAAAAUGCUUCUUAAAUUUUGCAAUGAUUUUUUUAAUCAAACCACUUCAAUAAACGCAGAAUAAGAGUUAGAUUUUUUAAAAAUAUAAAUAUACACAGUAAAAUUUAAAUGUGCACUUUAUGUGUCAUUCGUCAAAUAACAGUACAUAUUUAACAUCCUUAGAGUGGCAGCCGGAUAAUAAUAAUUUUAAAAAGGAAAACCUAUUUAUUUAUGCCUGUUAAAUGAGCCCACAGAGGGUCGUAUAUAUUAAUUAGCAUUAGGCCAGGAGAACGUGCAAACUCCUAUAAUAAAGUGACUCAUAUAGCGCACACAAGUGGUGACUAUUUUUGUAAGAUCAAGUGGAUCAGAAGUUAAAACUAAGGUCUAUUCAGGCUGCAGUUAUCUGCUGGCUACAUCUGAGCGCACUGGAGGUGAACAAUUCCAUGGCUGCUGGAGUUAUUAUGCAGAUGAUGGGAAUAUCACAAUCGAGCGGUUAUGUUCAGUAAAAGGUGGAAGAGGUCCACUGCUCCACCUGUUUGUCUUAGUUGCUUCAGUGAUUGUAUGAAAUUUGGAAUUUUAAACCCCAAUGAAUGCCACCCAUUAUGGAGAUAAGGGUGCUUCCCCAAACUGAUUUGUUUUUCCAUACGAUGCUCACCCCAUUGACUCUGGCUCUCAGAUGGAUUAUAAAAAAUGUCACCACUCCAUCAUCUCCUCCUUAGAGGUUCUCGCCCGCCUUCUUCACCAUGGAGCCCUACAAUAAAGUGAGCUGCCCUCCUUCCUUAUCACCCUGUUGCGACUGCAGAGGGAGCCUGGAUUUCCGGGAGCAGGAGACCGUCGAUGGGACAUCGAGCACAACGGAGAAUGGCAGCUGGAACUCCUCGUCUUUUGCCUCCAGCUCGCCUGAUUUCCAGCCCCCUAAUCCUCCUGCUGCUGCCCACCAUGGUGCUUGCACCAACCCUCUCUGGACGGCCGUGUUUGACUACGAGGCCACUGCCGAUGAGGAACUCACCCUCCGGAGAGGUGAUGUUCUGGAGGUGCUGUCCAAAGAUUCCAAAGUGUCUGGAGAUGAGGGUUGGUGGACGGGGAAGAUCAAAGACAAAGUGGGCAUCUUCCCCAGUAACUAUGUGACCCGAGACCACAAUUACACAAAAAUCCACGGCAGCUUGAUCCGAGAGUGCGCUUUGCCCCUUGAGAUUGACUUCUGCGAGCUGAAGCUGGAGGAGAUCAUUGGGGCGGGGGGUUUUGGCAAGGUGUACAAGGGGAUCUGGAGGGACGAGGAGGUGGCCGUGAAGGCAGCUCGGCAGGACCCAGACGAGGACAUCAGCGUGACGGCCGAGAAUGUCCGUCAGGAGGCCAAGCUCUUUUGGAUGCUGCGCCACUCGAACAUCAUUUCGCUCAAAGGGGUUUGCUUGAAGGAGCCCAACCUCUGCUUGGUGAUGGAAUACGCCCGCGGUGGGGCACUCAACCGAGCCCUCUCUGGGAGGAAGGUGCCCCCAAGGGUGCUGGUCAACUGGGCCGUGCAGAUUGCGAAAGGAAUGAACUACCUUCACAAUGAGACCAUCGUUCCCAUCAUCCACCGGGACCUCAAGUCCAGCAACAUUCUGAUCCUGGAGAAGAUUGAGAAUGACGACCUCUGUAACAAAACCUUGAAGAUUACGGACUUCGGCCUAGCACGAGAGUGGCACAGAACCACUAAGAUGAGCGCGGCGGGCACAUAUGCAUGGAUGGCUCCUGAGGUCAUCAAACUUUCUCUGUUUUCCAAGAGCAGUGACGUGUGGAGUUUUGGAGUUUUACUGUGGGAGUUGCUCACCGGUGAGGUUCCUUAUCGUGAGAUCGACGCUCUCGCUGUAGCUUAUGGAGUGGCUAUGAACAAACUGACCCUCCCUAUCCCAUCCACCUGCCCAGAGGCUUUCUCCAGACUUUUGGAAGAAUGCUGGAGCCCAAAUCCCCACAGCAGGCCUUCUUUCAGCAUCAUCCUCAACCAGUUGCUCUGCAUUGAAAAGUCCGCCAUGUUUCAGAUGCCCUUGGAGUCUUUCCAUUCCCUGCAGGAGGACUGGAAGUUGGAGAUCCAGCAGAUGUUCGAUGAGCUGCGCACCAAAGAGAAGGAACUUCGGAGCUGGGAGGAAGAGUUGACACGGGCUGCCCUGGAGCAGAAAGAACAGCAGGAGAUGCUACGGCGGCGAGAGCAGGAGUUGGCCGAGCGCGAGAUUGACAUUGUGGAGAGGGAGCUGAACAUCAUCAUCCAUCAGAUGUACCAAGAGAAGCCGAAGGUGAAGAAGCGUAAGGGGCACUUCAAGAAGAGUCGACUAAAGCUAAGCAAAGAUGGCAACUGCAUUAGCUUGCCCUCAGGUUUCGAGCACAAGAUCACAGUGCAAGCCUCCCCCAGUGUCGACAAGUGGAAGGCACAGGGAAUGGAUCGCACCAGCCCACCAGGGAGUCCGGUGAUCCCCCGCCUCCGAGCGAUCCGCUUGACUCCUAGUGAUGGCAGCAAGACUUGGGGUCGCAGUGCAGUGUGCAAGAAGGAUGACCUGGCGGCUAACAAAAAGAAGGGUCGCACUUGGGGGCCCAGCUCCACCCAACCGAAGGAACGCCUUGGAGGGGAAGACAGGUUAAAGUCACUGGGAGAAGGCUGUAAGCAGUAUUCAUGCAGUGCCCCCAACCUGGGCAAGUCCCCCAAACACACCCCCAUGACCGGGGGGUUCUGCAGCCUUAAUGAGAUGGAGGAAGAUUCCUCACCCCUGGCCAGCCCUUUGCUGUCAUCACAGCAUUCCCAGAGCGAAGUAGAAAGUAGUGGGGCACCAGAAGAGGGUGGAGCCGUGCCAGCCCCUUGCAGUGGCACCCCCACAGACUGCGUGCGCCGCUGUGCCCAGCGCAAGAAGAGCGACCUCAUACUGCUGGGCUGUGCAUCCUUGCUGGCGUCAGUCGCCAUUGGCAUCGACCUCCUUCAGAUCGGCAGGCAGCAGAUGACCCAGGAUGAGUUGGAGGCCAAAGAAGAAAAAAGGAAGAAAGACGGUCUGUUCCAGAGACCGGGCCGUUUCCGGCAGAACAGCAGCCCCCCUAGUCGGAUUGUGUCCAGCAAGCGUGAGGAGUCGGUCCUUCCCCUAACUGAGCCAUCCUCCUCGGUCACUCUGAUCUCCUUGUCUUCCAUUUCGGACUGCAACUCCACCAAGUCCCUGCUGCCGUCAGAUCCCGAGGAGCCUCUCUCCGGUCUCCCUGCAGUCAACCCCUUGCUUGAUCUGAAGGCGGAAAGCUUCAAACGGGACCCUAAUCAGUCCCUGACGCCCACCCACGUCACUGCCACCAUGGCUGUUUCUCGGGGGCACCGACGCACCCCUUCUGAUGGAGCAAUCCGUCCCAGAGUACAGACGCCAACACACCACCGAACGCCUUCUGACGGCAGCAAUCAGAACUUCAAUAAUUUAGGUCCAGCAGAUGGCAAUGAGUUUCCUCGCCUCCCUGAUCCCGGCAGCAUUUUCCCCUCGGUCCUUCGGCGCAAGCCAGCAGCAGACAAAGACCCAGCAGCCCUGGAAAGGCCCAAGACUCUGGAGUUUGCUCCUCGUCCGAGGCCGUCUUCCAGUCGGGCAAAGAUCGACCCCUGGAAGUUUGUCUCCUUCACCAGGACACACAGCUCAUCCCCGGGCAGCUCAUGUGAAAGCCCGUUGGCCGUAGAGUCUCUGAGCAGCACCUCGGAGGACCACAGCUGCCCCGCACAGACCCUUCUGGACAUGGACAUGGAGGGUCAAAGUCAAGACAGCACAAUCCCUCUCUGCGGGCACCACAACACCGUUUUGUGCACCGAAGACUUUUCCUAGCAAACUUCUCACCCGACGGACUGUGAGGGUUUCAUGGAUGUGCGACUUGAAUGGAUUUUUUUUUUCCAGCAAAACAGGCAGCUCACGGCUUCAUUUGUCUAAAGAGUCAUCAGUGUGCAGGCUGUGCAGAUCGUCCUCUUCCUCAUUCUGCUGUUUUUUUCUCUUAGAAUCUGCUCCUUGAAUGCAUACGUAGCAGGUGGUAAAAUCGGGAUCAGCGUGCAAGUCGUCUUAAACAAAGCCAUUCCUCCCAGAAAUGAAGGGACUCCUGCACCCAAAGCUGCUAUUAACUUCCUGAGGUUAAUCAGGUGACUCAAAGCCGAGUCUAACCAAGUGGUCAGAAUUGGACGGCGUCACGUCUCUGCUUUGGACUGAGCCCAGACACAAACAGGUCAAGCUUACUGUCACAUUGGGUCUUUAAAUUUCUUUUUUUUUUUUAACUAAAAAUGGAAAGUGCAUUGGUUUUGGUGUGCCUGCUUCUCAAGAAAGUGUCCUUCCUGUCCGGCGAUAUAUCUCAGGGUGAUCGGCGUCCUCUAGGCCAGGGCUAUUCAACUUGGCGUCUUGAAGGAGGAGGAGGAGGACUGUGUCUCGAUGUUAAGUAAUGUUCAUUUUUGAGAAUUGUUGGUACCUUUGAAAAUGUCACAAUUAAAAGUCGUAAGCCUUACCUCAUGUCAUUUUUCGUUUUCCACCAGUAGCCCUUCUUGUUGUUCCAGCGACAGCGUAGGUGGGCUGCUGCUGGUGGUGGUGGUGCUGUGAUUUGAGGUCUGGCUGGUGUUUUCUAAGCUUGUGUAUCCAACGCCGGUCAGUGUGUGACUGUGUCACUCAUUGAAUAGCCCUGCUCUAGACGUUGAGGUGGGUAAACUGUUCUCUUGGGCACGUUUACCUUUUCCACCAAAGUGGGUCUGUCCCUUAAAAAAAGUAAAACAGCUCCUCAGAAAGAAAAGAGGAAAAGAGACAAGAGAAAAAAACUUGUACAUGUUUGAACAUAUCAGCUGCCCAGAGCAAAACACAGGCUGUUCCAGCAGGCUUUCCAGUUGUUUCUGUUGCUUGCCUACUCUACUCUCCGAUCCAUUCAUUCACUUUCUUGCUCGUUUAUCUGGUUCCAGGUUGCGGGCAACACUGGAAAAGGGUAGACUGAGACACACACCAAUAUUCAUGUCCAUGUAAAAAAAUAAAA